UCUGGCAACCCUGGACAGCCUCAGCCGGUGAAUCUUGCGUCGGCUCGUCGCUCAGCUGAACCUCCGCAGAAGGUCUUUCUGUGGUAGCCGGUUAGCAUCAUGGCGAACGUUGUGGAUACCAAGCUAUACGACAUCCUUGGAGUUUCACCAUCUGCCUCUGAAAAUGAACUCAAAAAGGCCUACCGCAAACUGGCCAAAGAGUACCAUCCCGACAAGAACCCUGAUGCUGGAGACAAGUUUAAAGAAAUCAGUUUUGCAUAUGAAGUACUGACAAACCCAGAGAAGAAGGAGCUUUAUGAUCGCUAUGGAGAGCAGGGUCUGCGGGAGGGAGGAGGCGGUGGGCCCGGCAUGGAUGAUAUCUUCUCUCACAUUUUCGGUGGAGGAUUGUUUGGGUUCAUGGGGGGACAGGGCAGAGGACGCAAUGGAGGCAGGAGGAGAGGAGAUGAUAUGGUGCACCCUCUGAAAGUUUCUCUUGAAGACCUCUACAAUGGCAAAACCACCAAACUGCAGCUCAGUAAGAACGUGCUGUGCGGUGCCUGUAAUGGUCAGGGGGGUAAGGCAGGAGCAGUGCAGAAGUGUGUGGCAUGUAGAGGACGAGGUAUGAGAAUCAUGAUUAGACAGCUGGCCCCUGGGAUGGUCCAACAGAUGCAGUCAGUCUGCACGGACUGCAACGGAGAGGGUGAGGUUAUAAACGAGAAGGACCGCUGCAGAAAGUGUGAGGGUCAUAAGGUGUGUAAGGAGACCAAGCUUCUGGAGGUGCAUGUGGACAAAGGCAUGAGGCACGGACAGAAGAUCACAUUCUCUGGGGAAGCAGACCAAGCACCAGGAGUCGAACCAGGAGAUAUAGUGCUGGUGCUGCAAGAGAAAGAACAUGAGGAAUUCCGCCGUGAUGGCAGUGACCUUCACAUGGUCCAACGUAUUGGCCUGGUUGAGGCUCUGUGUGGCUUCCAAAUGACUGUCACACACCUGGACGGACGUCAGUUGCUUGUCAAGUACCCACCUGGCAAGGUCAUUGAGCCAGGCUGUAUUCGAAUGGUGAAGGGAGAGGGAAUGCCUCAGUACAGAAACCCAUUUGAGAAAGGAGACCUUUACAUCAAGUUUGACGUCCAGUUCCCUGAAAACAACUGGAUUAGCCCUGAAAAACUGAAUGAACUCGAGUGCUUGCUGCCUGCUCGUGCUGAGAAUCCAGUUAUCGCAGCUGAUGCGGAGGAAGUUGACCUGACAGAUUUUGACAGGAGUCAAGGGUCAGGAGGUGGAGCCAGAAGAGAGGCCUACAAUGAUAGUUCUGAUGAGGAAGGCGGCCAUCAUGGCCCAGGGGUGCAGUGCGCACACCAAUAGAAAGACUCAUACAUAAAGACAUGCACAUACAUAAAAGCAUAAAUACAUGAAAAUUCCUUGAGUCUCAUUGCUAACACCAUUCAAGACUUGACGCACAUACAUGCACAUCUCUCUCCUUUCAGGAUCCCCAUGAAAAAGAGAUAGACACACGUACAUAUACACAUAUACCCACCCUCAGUUCCAUGGUGCCCAUAAGUCAGAAAGAUGCUGGACGUGUGAUCACCAUUUUUGUGUUUAUGGACAGUAGUGCUCAUCAAAGCCUCUGGCAAGAAGGUGUUCUCAUUUGCAGAGGUUCACUGAAUGAACUUGACUCGGACCUCCCUGUUUUCAUCCUAGGCUUUUACCUUUCACUGUGGGAAACACCAGUCUAGUGUAAAAAAUGCAAAUAUUGUUGACUAUCUUGUAUAAGGUGUAGUUUAGUCUCUCACACACAAAUCGCAUGCUGCUUCUUGCUGAAGAUCUUGCACACGUAGAUCCAGGGUUCAAACACCACACCUGUCUAAAUCUCAGUGCGUCACUGCUAUCAAAGUGCCCUGCUGUCAUAAGAGCCAACCUGAUCACAGCCCUAAAAGUGUGUGCUCCGCACAGCCUACUGAGAACCACACGUUCAACCCACCUCAUCCUCUAACAUGAGCUGUCAUAUUUCAAAAAUGGGGCUCACAGGUUCCACUCAGUCCCCAGCUGUCACAUCGCUAGAAUAUUAAAGCCUUUAGUAUAGCAUCUGUCAGCCAGGCGCCAUGUUUUGUUAGUUUGGAAAUCAAACUUUUUUGUCUUUGUUCGUUUGAAUGUUCGUGUGUUCGAGACCACAGAACUUGAACCUAACUUUACUCUUCAUUUGAGAUGAGGACACACUUGUGUACUUUGUAUGUGUGUGUGUAAUGCAGUGGCUCAGUGUGUGGGAGCUGCUGUGGAAUGUUCUGGCUUAUUUGGGUGAUAGAUGUUCCUGCUUUGUGUUGGACUGCAGUGAGUGGACAAUAUAUAGGGUCAAUUAAAGAGGAAAAAAACUGAAUGUUUUUUUGUUGUUGCUGAGAAUCUCUCCCACAUAGACCGUCUUUUUCCCUCUACUCACCAAGACCGAGAGAUUCUCCUCUCAUGCAGGAAAACCACUGGGCCCUCACCAACCCCUCUGUAUUAUACAUUUCUCCCUAUUGUAGAGCUGUUAGCCAAACCUGCGUCCUUUGACAUGUUACAAUAUUUCCAUCCCCAUAUACCUGUAAAUAAAUACAGUCCCAGUCCAUAGGUGCAUUCCAAGUCUACAGCAGUGUCCUUCCUGUUGUCACAACAUUGUUUCUUACACAAGUGAAUUAUGGCCAAUAUAUAAAUGUUAUGUUCAUAUGAAGGAGAGUUGGACAGAACCUCUGUAGACUACUAGCAUGCACCUCUGCGACUCAUUGUGUAUGUAAUUUAGGCCACAGGGGAAUAAUGUAUACACAACUAAAAGGGGUCAUUGAUAAAUGACGUUACUGUUGAUGCUUAUGUUUGUCAAGAUGAUAAUUAAACUGUAUAAUAAACAGUCACUACAA